CGUUAACGUCUUUGAUGCUCUCAACUUUAACAACACGCACACACUUAUUUAUUAUAUUUAUAUAUAGAUAUUAGAUAUUAACACCCUUUUAUUUUUUUUUUGUUUUUUCUUCUUCCCCUGUGCUUCCCCAUUCAGCCCUUAGCAUUUGACUCUAAGAUGGAGUCAAUCCAGCAAAAUUAUAAUGAUGAUUCCAUGGAGAAUUCAUCUAAUACUCCUCCAGGUUCGCCUGAUAUAAGUGACAUAGUCGGAGCCCCACAGUUGAAUCCUCGAGUUGGUGAAGAAUACCAGGUGGAGGUCCCCUCCAUGAUAAAAGAAUCAGAACGGCUUCGACAUUUUAUGAAUCCUGCUGAUUCAGAAUUUAUGCACCAUAACUCACUUUCCUUUGCAAUUGGUCUACCCAUCUCAGUCACAUGGAUGCAUAAUGAAGUGGAGGAUAGUGGACAUGCUGGAUAUCUUGCAGACAUUGAUGGAGACAAAAAAUCAGGUCAAGUGGGGAAAAGCAAAAAUUAUGUAUUGGUCCCUGGCACAUUGAAUAACUCCUGGAGUGAAGCUGAUGCAAAAAGUUUCCUCCUUGGUUUGUUUAUUUUUGGGAAAAAUUUUAUUAAGAUAAAAAAAUUCUUGGAAAACAAAGGGAUGGGGGAAAUAAUGUCAUUUUACUAUGGAAAGUUUUACAAAUCUGACGAAUAUCGUAGAUGGUCAGACUGCAGGAAAAUAAAAGGGAGAAAAUGUAUUGUAGGACAGAAACUUUUAACUGGACAGAGGCAACAUGAACUAUUGGCUCGCUUGAUUCCCCAUGUCUCAGAAGAAUCUCGAGAUACUUUGCUGCAGGUUUCUCAGUUAUAUGUGGAAGGCAGAGCUUCUCUUGAAGAAUACAUUUUAUCUAUUAAGUCUACUGUUGGACUUGGUGUGCUUGUGGAAGCAGUAGGUAUUGGAAAGGAAAAGGAAGACCUUACAAGCCUUGCUGUGGAACUUGGGAAGAACAAUAGGGUGUUUCCAGCACCAACUUCUAAAGCUUGGUCUUCUCUUGGACCUAGUGAUAUAAUAAAACAUUUGACAGGAGGGUUUCGACUGAGCAAAGCCAAAAGUAAUGAUCUCUUUUGGGAAGCUGUUUGGCCCCGCUUACUGGCAAGAGGUUGGCACUCCGAGCAACCAAAGAAUCAAGGCUAUGUUCACUCCAAAGAUUAUCUGGUUUUUCUUAUUCCUGGUGUUAAGAAGUUUUCAAGAAGAAAACUUGUGAAAGGUGAUCAUUACUUCGAUUCUGUUAGUGAUGUCUUGAGCAAAGUAGUAGCUGAACCUAAUCUUCUUGAGCUUGAAGAAGAAACUAAAGUUGGUAGCUGCAAUGAUGAAGAGCCAGAAAAGGGAUCAAAUAAAGAUGAUCAAUCUGAUUAUCAUCGUCCAUGUUACCUCAAGCCCCGAGCUUCCACUACAGAUCAGAUUAAAUUCAUGGUUAUUGAUACUAGUAUGGUGAACAAAGGGAAGCCAUCUGACUUAAUGGAAUUUAAAUCUGUACCUGUUAAAUCAGUGGGUAAAGUUGAGGUAAAUGCUACUGAUAUUACAUAUAAAGGGGCCAACCAUGUCAGGAAAGUAAACCGUAGCAAGGAUGUGUCUGAAAACAUUGAUCAUAAGUUGACUAAGUUCACAGUUAUUGAUACCAGUAUGCUUCGUGAAGGAAAAAUAUUGAAGGUGAGAGAAUUAAGAUGUCUUCCAGUUGGAUUAGAAUAUGCUUCUAAGAUGACUAUUCUCUCGAGAGAAAGUAAGGAUAGCUCCUCUGAUGAAGAUUCACCAAGCAUGGUAGAAGCUAAUAUGCAAACAUGUGACAAAAAGAAUGUUAGUAAUGCUCUUAUUAAAAAAGGCAUAUCUGACAGAGAUGCUACCAACCAAAAAGAAGCAUGCGAUAAGCCAGAUAAUAAUGCAAACAAGAUGGAAGAAAGCCAGAAAAAUCACAAUACCUGUGUGUCUGAAGAUAAUCAACAAAAGAAAACCAUAAAGCAUCAAUUCAGUCGGAGGGCAAGAUCAGGUCAUUGUAAUCACACGGUUCUUCCCAUUAAAAGGAGAAGAUUGACUGCUUGUGCAAAGGCGGAGACAAGCCGUGUCAUUGAGAAUUCCUCAGGAAGCUUGGAAUCUGAAAAAUCAGCAUUCUCAGAGUCAUUGAGUUUCCCAGAUUCCCACCAAAAUGUCUGUGAUCCAGUUAGUCAUCAACCGAACAAAAGUUUAAUCACUUCUCCAUCUGAUAUAAGUGCUGAGGUGAAUAAUGAGGAAAUCAUUCUCAAUGAAAUUGGUCAAUGCAAGAGCAAUUCUUGUCUUAAAGUUGAGAAAUGUGAGUCACAAUCACUAGUCACCUUCAACAUACCCCAGGUUCCAUUGAAGUCCAAAGAUGGCGAAACGAUGGGGACAGUGGAGGAAGACAGGCAAUGCCUAAAGGCAAAUGAUCCAUGUUUGUCAACUGAUACUCAUGGGGUGGUUGAGAAGCCACAAAGAUCCUCUUGUGAUGUUGGUUCUGUGGAACAGAAGUCCAAUACAAAUCCUAGGAGACAGAGCACAAGAAAUCGACCACUGACAGUUAAAGCAUUGGAGUCUCUAGCAAAUGAAUUCUUGCACGUGCAGAGGAAACCAAAAAAGAAAGAUAUCCUGCCACAUAUAGAUGCUUUCAGCCCUUGCCGCAGGGCUAGGACAAGAGGCAAAACAAAUGUGCAUCGUCGUAGUUCAGAUCAUGGGACUGCAGUUUUGGUAAAAGAAAAAAAGCAUUUGAAUGGAGAUCGCAAAAUGGACAUUGUAGAGUUAGUGAAACAUUUUCAAGCCACUAGAUUAAAUUAAACAGUGGAGUAUACUAUGCUAGGUAAGGUAACUUUGAAGGUCAUCAUGGAUGGUUUGAAAGUAGUGAUGUUUCUUCUGUCUCACAUGCAAUUUAUGUUCUAAAGGUGUAAUACUGUACAGAAAUUUUCGAUACUUUAGAGAAUGUUGCUGAGACCAGUCUUGUUUUUUAAAUGGAAUAGGAAAUCACUGUUUUUA